UUUCAGGUGAGCUCGGACUCAGAACGCGAGGAGUGUGGGCGGAGAGACAUUCGCCUCAGUAAGAGAUCGGCUACGACGCCGCUCGCACGACCAGCCGCCGCACAAGCGCUGAACGAACGACUCAAAAAUGGCCACCGGCCCGAAGAUAGUACACAAGCAGUUUAAUUCCCCAAUUGGGCUCUACUCUCAGCAAAACAUCAAGGAGACCCUUAGCAAGCAUAUGCAGAAUCUCGACAAUGGCACCGUAGGAAUCGAUUUCAGCAAUCCUUCAACCGACAAGCCGGCGAAUCUCGCUAACUCGGCCGUACUGCGUAUGCUCGAAGAAGAAGAGCGCUCGCGUAUGGGCUACCCCAAGUUAGAUCCUACACAAGUGCAGGCGAUUCUCGAGACACUCGUGCACAUGGACCAUCGGUUUGAUCGUCAUUGGCCUCCUGAGCAGGCGCGCAUGCGGUCAGCGCGAAGCUGGGAUGGCCAACUGAAUACUACCGGAAAUGUUUACUCUGAAUUUAUGCAAGCUACUAAAGGACAAAAGAAGGUGGUUUGGCCACCCUUGCCUGAAACCAACGGCUAUCAUUCACCACAGUCACAGCAAACGUACAACGCGCAGCAGCAGCAGCAGUACCAGUCCCCACCCCCCUCUCAGCAGUCCCAAUAUCAACAACCUCAAUACCAGAAACCUCAGUACCAGCAACAACAGAAUCAGUAUCAACAGCCCGAGUACGAUCAGCCUCAGAGUCAUUACCAGGCAUCACAGCCGGCGCAAAGCGAAGGUCGCCGCCAACAAGCCACAGGGUUGAGCAAGCUCAUCCCCUUUGGCCCUGGUGUGACCGCGUCCCCCGCUCCUCCCCGUCAAGGCCCCACUUCCCCGGGCGUAGCGCAGCCCUACAGACAGCAGAACACUCGUUGGGCCCCGGUGCCAGCCCCUCUUUCUCCACAGGCAUACGGAUCUCAGCCGAAUUAUUCGCCCCAGCCGCAAUACUCGCCUCAUCAACAACAGUAUUCGCCUCAACAACAACAGUAUUCGCCUCAGCAACAGCAGUAUUCGCCUCAAAAACAGCAGUACUCCCCUCAGCAACAGCAAUACUCUCCCCAGCCGCAGUACUCGGAGCCGGCGUACCAGCCCCCCCAAAGGCAGUUCGAACCCCCGCCCGCAACUAUCACGCUUCGUCAGAAACAACCGGUUCAUCAAAAGCCCCCUCCAGUGUUCCCAAGUCAACCAGCUACAACGUCUUUUAAAGGAGGAGUCAAUAUGCGUGGAGACCAGAAGUGGCCACCGCAGUCGGUGAAGGAGGCUGUGGAAGCCGAAAAUGAGGCCAGGAGGCAACUUGCCAAGGGCCCAGCCUGUCGGCCACGUAAGGUACGCAAGGACUACACUUCCUUCUUUGCGCAGCACGCGCUCGGCCACAACUACCCUGGCUACCGUGCCCCUCCAGGCACUCAACACUACGAAGAACAUUCUGGAAGAUCAUCUUAUUAAAUCGCUACUAAUCCAAGAUGAAGUUCAUUUAAGACUCGCAUGAGAAGUACCUACUAUCUGUCUCUUUCUUGUGUAGAGAAAUAAACCUCUCGUCACACGUGAGGAACAGUGAUGAUAUCCAUCGGGUCUCGAGUCAACUUCUCUUCUGAAAGAAGAUUCAUUCAAAAUGCUGUUCAAAUUUCAUAACAUAUGGACUAAUUUCCCUUUGACGUUUUUAAUGUGUAUAAGCGUGUCGUUAAUUAAGAGGACAAUCACAUUUUAAACUUCAAUACAAUGUUCAAGGAAUUCAUUUCAUUUUCAUCACAAGGGCAACGGAAGGCAAACGAAGUCAUAUACUUCGAAGUGUAAGUACUUGUACAAGGCUUUAGGUAUUAAAGUCUGACCGCAUGUACAAGAACUAUUGAAUUAAUAUUAUGUAGGUGUAAUUUAUUUCUAAACAUCUAGUUUUUAAGUUAUUAAUAAAACAAAAAUAAGAAAAUACAAAAAAUAGUACGCCAUUAAUUAAUCGCUGUCUCUUUAAUUUUUUGCGAUUUCUACGAUGUAAACGUGCGGCUUUAUACAUUGCGAACUUGCGACAUUGUUUUUCAAUGCUUCUUAAUACAUACCCGACUGUAAAUAAUGCUCAGACCAAUAUUAUAAAUUGUCUAUUAAGGCCCACUUAUAUUAGAGUUCAUAGUACC